AUGACAACUUCACCCUCUAGCAGUGACUACAGUAGCACAGAGGACUCUGCUUCCGAAUGCCAAUCUUACCAGAGCCUCUCGAUUGGCCACUACCCCCCUGAUAACACGUUUUCCUAUGAGGAGAUGUUCUCCUGUGAGGAGACAGCCUGCAUGGAUUCUUCCAUCCACUUCCUCCCUCCUAUCCAAGGUACCUGGGGGACAGAGAGUGUAAGGAGACUCUUCCGGAAACGAGAUCAGAUGGAGGGUGACCCAGAGCAGUUCUGCAAGCUAAGCAUCACACUGGCCUGGGAUACUGAUGUGGGGUCUGCCCAUGCAGACUCUCUAGCUAAUCUGGAUCUAAAUGGCCACCACCAAUGGAUGAAUAAGUGGCCAGAAGAUAGGACAAAACUGACUCUCUGCAAACUGGAUAACCUAGUACAGAAACUCGAGACAUUUCUAGAAAAAGAAAAAGGUAGCCAACAUGAUGGUCAUGCACUCCCUGAAUCCACUCAGAACAAAGAUGUCCACCUGACCAGUACUCCCCCUCCACUCCUUGACAUUUGUCAAGACUUGCCCAAGCACAAAACACCGGGAAAUGAAGAUAUCUGUCAGAUCCUAGAGAAUCCUCCAAGGCUACAGAAAGAUGAAGUUGUGCAAGAGAUAAGCCAGAUAGCUCAAAGCUCCUUGGAGCCCUCCCCGGUGCCAUCCGCUCAGCAGGAGGAUGCUUCUCACUCAUAUAGUAUAUUCUGUCUGAACUUUCGGUGGAUCUUCCACUGGCUGAGGACACAAGUCUCCCGAUUAAGGAGAGAACACACUAGCCAGGCCACCACCAGCUGGCACCAGAAGGCAGCAAGGAAGAUACAUUCUCUUAGAGGCAACAGAAUCCAACCUCAAGAAUGA